AUGUCUGAUCGUGCCGCGACUCCGGACCUCACACGAGACGAAGACCGCGCCCUUAUUGACCGCCCUACAUACAAGGAUCUCCUCGGCCCCGAUCUUGUCCUUACCGCUGUGGAUGCUAUAGAACCAGCUGCUAAUCACGCCGCUGAAGCCCCCAGCUACAUAACGCUCCGCCUACUCACCGAUGCCGAAGUCGCGGUCAAAUGGGAAGAGGUCGGCCGUAUCUUCAAGGAAGUAUGA